AUGUCAAGACCCGAGCACAUUGCACCGCCAGAAAUCUUUUACGGCGACACUGAAGCACGCAAAUAUACUGAAAAUUCUCGUAUUGCUUCUGUUCAAGCUGAGAUGGCUUAUCGAGCAUUGGAGUUGUUGAAUUUGCCUCCUGGACCAGCCUAUUUACUCGAUAUUGGAUGUGGAUCUGGACUUAGUGGUGAGAUCCUUGAGGAGGAAGGACAUUUUUGGGUUGGCAUGGAUAUCUCACCUUCUAUGCUUGAUGUGGCUCAAGAACGUGAAGUGGAAGGUGAUUUAUUCCUGCAAGAUGCUGGUCAAGGCAUCGGAUAUCGACCUGGUGUUUUUGACGGGGCGAUCAGUAUCUCUGUACUCCAGUGGCUGUGCAAUGCCGACAAGCAAAUCAAUCGACCCAAGGCACGCUUGCAACGUUUCUUUUCCACACUUUAUGCAUCUCUCAACAAAGGAGCUCGUGCCAUUUUCCAAUUCUAUCCCGAGAACGAUGAUCAAAUCCAACUCAUCACGGAUGUGGCUCAUCGCUGCGGUUUCGAAGGUGGUUUAUUGAUUGAUUAUCCCAAUUCCAAGAAAGCCAAAAAGUACUAUUUGUGUCUCUUUGCCGGUCAACAAACGGGUGUACGCAACGAGAUGCCAAGCGCCUUGGGCGAGGAUGGUGAAAUGCAUCCCGAUGAAGCUAAAUCCAUUGCCUAUGAGACACGAAAGGCAGCAACGAAAAGGAGAAAGAAUCGUAAGAAUAUCAAGACGAAGGAUUGGAUUCAACACAAAAAGCAAAUCGCUCGGGAGCGUGGUGACAAGCCGGUUGCAAGAGAUUCAAAGUACACUGGCCGAAAACGCAAAGUCCGUUUCUAA